AUGAGUGCUCUAAACCCUCAACUUGCGAUAUCUCGCCUUCAGACCGCAUCCCCAGGAGCGGGGAGUCUCAGGGUUCAAUCCCAGGCUUCCAUACCUGUAGUCCUAGGGGCUAUCCCUGGUCCCCAACCUGCAGCUGAAGAUUCGGGUGAGGAUGCCAGUAUUACGGAAACAGAUAAACAGAAACGGCUACAAACUAGAAUCGAUUGGAUGAUACUGCCUCCGUUGACUAUCUGCUAUUUUUUAUUGUUCACCAACCGUAUGAAUGUGCAGCUCAUAUACUCUAGCAACCAACGGUAUCCCCUCGAUAACAAUAGAUAUGCAAUUAUCCAAUUUCUUUUCACCAUUACAUAUGCCCUUCCAGAGCCCCUCUGGAACGUCCUGUUAAGGCGACUAGGCCCAAGAGUCUGGCUAGCCCCGGCUCUUCUGUUGUCCGGGUUUCUGGCUGUUUUCUGCGCUGUUGUAAAGGAUUGGCAGGGGUUGGCCGCGAUUCGAUUUCUAAUAGGACUUCCGUUAGGGGCCCUAUUUCCCGGAUGCAUGUACUACAUAACCUGUUGGUACCCUCGUCGAAAGCUUGGCCGGCCGGUUGCGAUCUUUUAUGCGGGCGGGGCAAUGGGAUCGUCUCUUGCAAAUCUCCUGAACUCUGCACUUGUGAAGAUCAACGUUAGUGGCAGAGUUGGGAGUGAUUGGGUUUGUAUUAUCUGGGGACUUGUAACAGUCAUUUCGGCGAUGGUCGUGUUCUUCUUCAUCCCAGACUUCCCGGACGAAGAUGACAAAAUCCUAAGAUCAGAGGCAGAGCAUACAAUGUUCAAGAAGUGGUAUGUUGCAACUGAUAGUACCAGGAAUAUCAGUGAGCAUUACAGGCCGCAUGCAUGGAAGCAGGUGUUUACGGAUAUGAAAACUUUAUUGUUCAUCUUCGUGAGAAUGAGUACCGUAGUCGCGCGAGAUGGCUUGACGCAGCGACAGCGAGAAAAUGCAUCGGCACUAGCUGCAAAGUUAUUCACUCAUCCCAGUGAUACUACUAAAACACUUCUAUACGUCCCUCCUGCAUUUCUUGCUGUGAUAACUACAAUCUACAUCGGUAUUCUUUCCGAUAAGACCAACCAGCGAGGAUACUAUAUAAUGGUCACAUCCUGGUUUUCUAUCACCGCUUUUAUAAUUUUUGUAUCCUCUGAAAGUGUGACACUACAAUACGUCGCGGGAUUCUUGGGAUCGAUAGGAACAUGGGCGGGUGGAGCAAUAUCAUGGGUUUGGAUGGCCAAUAAUGUAGAAGGGUUAUUCAAACGUGCUAUUAUGAUCGGUGUCAAUGUUGGUACGGGUAAUUUGAUUGGAGGGUUCACAAUCCCGGCAACAGUCACGAUGCCAAAGAAAGAGGGUAAUUAUAAAAUGAUUGGGAGUGCCUACUUCUUGGGAUUGUCUUUUCUCCAUUUUGCUGCCAUCGUGUUUACGAGGUGGUACCUCAGCAAUCAGAAUAGGGAGAAGCAACAUCAACUACAGCAGGGCAUUCGCGAUCAGAAAGACCCUAAUAGCGUGACGGAAGAAGAAGAUAGAGGGGAUAAAAGCCCUGAUUUUGAAUAUAUUCUGUGA